AUGAAGGGAAUCCUCCUAAUUCUUCUAGUGGCCCUUGUGGGGAACCAGAAGCCCCAAACAAAAACCCAGAAUCCUGAAGCUGGAACGGAGAAUGUUGAAAUCAAGCCAGAAUUUCGUGAUGGAGAAAGCCUGAUAUACGAUUAUACUGUCUCUGUUGAAAGUGGAGUGCAAAGUGCCGGGCUUGGAAAAGCUAAUAUGAACAUAUCAGCUACUGCAGUGAUCACAGGAGGUCAACGAGAGCAUAAGCUUGAGAUUAAGGAUGUAAGAAUGGAAUGUGCUGCUGGAUUAUUCCCAAGAAAUACCUUGUCAGAAGCACCAAAGGAAGUUAAACAGUUCCUUGAGUGUGAUGCCAGUUUCUCCUACACUGGGAAAAUUGAAUCCAUCCGUAUGCGAAAAAAUGUAUCUUUUCAUUGCAAGAAUGUUAUCAGAGCCGUGUUGAACGCGUUUAUUCUCACAACAAGGAACCAGAAGGAGUAUGACGUACUGGAGGAUGGAACUGAAGGUGAAUGUAACACCAAGUAUGUUAACUAUGAAGACAAAAGAGACAACCUCAUCAUGAUGACCAAAUCCAGGAACCUGAACAACUGCAAAGAGAGAGUUAUGCUGAACUCUGGACUGCCCUUGUUCCAAGUCUGCCCCCACUGCCUCCAGAGGGAGAGAUGGGUUCAAGGCACAACUAACUUUGCCAUCCAACUGAAGCGUGUCAGUGCUGGUUACCAGAUCGCUCAAGUCAAGUCUGAACAAAUAUACCACUUUGCUCUGUUAAAUGGAAACGAAGGUGCUGGAUAUAUGAAAGCGAAGCAAUCGCUGGUCUUGACAGAUGUGAAAACUGAACAAGUCCAAGUGCAGCAGCAGCAGGGAGAGUUUGAAAUGGUGGACCUUCAUUUUGAGUUUCCCAAAUACCUGCCUUUGCCUGUGUUGGAUGUUCUGAACAGAGAUCCUGUAAAACAGGCUUAUGAUGUCUUGCAAGAAUUUGAGCCCUGGGCACAGUUCCCCCAUAAAAAGUCUGACUUCCAAGGUUUAAGUCUGCAUCGAAUGCUACAACGCAUGGACAGUAACGAUAUGAACACUCUCUACACUAAGGUUUCAAACAUUCCUUCUGCCAGAAAAGCCCUAUUGAUUGCAUGUAGCAAUGUGGGUACUUCAAAUUCACUGAAGUUCAUCAAGGACAGACUCAUCAGUGGAGAUCUUCAGGAAACUGAAAAGACUUUGAUUGUUUUCUCAACCCUCUUUUUUGCCACUCCUGAUACUACUAGAGUGGAAGAAACAGCUAAAGUGGCAGGAGAAAUACUUUCCAAAAUCCCUGACAAAUUAUCUUUCUUAGGAAAGUCAUCUUACUUGGCUUAUGGGAAUAUGGUGUACAAGCAAUGCUCUACUUCUCGGACGUGUCACCCUAAAUUGCUUGAGCCUUUCCAAAACCUCCUAGCUGAGGGAUUUCGCGAGAAAGAUGAGAACAAAAUUGUAUUAGCUCUGAAAACCAUUGGCAACGCAGGUCAGCUAGCCAACCUGAAACAAGUGAGACUCCUGAGUGAGUCUACUAAAUAUCCUGAAUACCUCCAGACCACUGCAAUUCAGACCCUGGUGCAAAUCGGCAAGCAGGAUCCUACAAAGGUUCAGGGCAUUCUCAAUCAGAUCAUUAUGGAUACUUCACGCUGUGUGGCAGUCCGAAUAACGGCUUUCACUGGCCUCUUAGAAAGCAACCCUCCUGUACAUACAAUAACAGGCUUGGCCUUUGCAAUGCUGCAUGAAGAGAAUCACGAGGUUUUCAGCUUUGUGUACUCUCAUCUUCAGAGCAUCUCAGAAGCCACGGACCCCGUGUACAGGGAACUGGCUGGUUCUUGCAAAAUGGCCCUUAUAAUUCUGAACUCCAGUCUUGACAAACUGAACUCCCAUUACAGCAAGUCUUGGCGUUAUCAAGUUUCCGGCUUUUCACUAAACAAUGGAGUUAACUUGGAAUUGUUAAGUUAUGGUGGUGGACAUCCUUCAAAUAUCAUCUUUAAGUCAGAUGCAAUGCUUUCUGGUUCCUUAGUUAACGUACUGAAGAUCACAGUGCAAACUGAGGGUUUAAGUAAAUUGUUUGGAGAAUCAGUUAGCCAGUCUGACCAAUACCCUAUCCAUCAGAAGAUCAAAGAUACUAUAGCCAAGAUGCAGAAACUUAUGAUAUCAAGCAUGCAGGCAGCGUUGAAAGAUCUAUCACCCUACUUAUCCCAGUUCAACAUGAUUGCAGAAACUUCGCAAUUACAUCCUACGCUUGCUGGACUGCCGUUUGAAAUAAAUGCUAAUGCUAUCUGGGGAGUGCAUGGCUCAUGGAAGGCAAAAUCAGAACUAUCCCAGGAAGAUCUCAGUGCAGCCAAAAUGCAAGUACAGCUUGACAGCAACAUUGAUGCCUAUGGUCAGGGAACAUUAUCCUGGGGAAUUCAUACAGACUUUAUGGAGAGUAAGGUGGAAAUCAAAGGCAGGAUCCAUUCAGAAGGUGCACUCAAAUUGAAUGCUUCACUGGACAUGCCACAAAAAAGAUUUAAAGCAGAAGUUGGUGGUCUUCGUGAGACAAUAACCGCAAGCCAUGAGGCACAUGCUGUAGUAAGGUACCCACGUGUUGAGAAAAAGGCUCCAAUUCUUCCAGAGGGACUUGAUAUUGAUACCUUGGAUGAAGGGUUUGAUGCAGAGAAAGGCAACAUCAAACAACAAGCUAAAGGUGGCCACAGACGUCAGGAGCUUCAGGACGGAUGCUUGCCUUUCGAUAGUCCAGUGAAUCUGUGCUUGAAAACCAAGAAAACAGGAUAUGUGCCCAGACGGAAUACAGCAAUGCAUGUGUUAUGCUCAGAACAUGAAAUAAAGCUUUGGACCGAAACAGGUGCUUCUGUGGAGAAGAUGCAGCUAGAUGUCCAAGUGGGCCCUGGAAAAAUUAGGAUGAGAAGAGAAGCAGUACCUGAGGAAGAAGAAGAAGCGGUGACAGUAGAAGAACAGGGGGAUGAUGUCAAAUAUCAGAAGAAGCCAUCCCAGGACGCCAAACGCCCAGAUCCAGGAAAAAGCUCUUCCAUUGAUUUCUCCAUGGCUGCUCCUCCAGUGAAAAAGGGAAAAGGCCAAAAGAAAGGAGAUACCAGCAGCAGCAGCAGCAGCAGCAGCAUCACCACCAGCAAGGACACCAACAGUGAGGACAGCAGCGAGAGCAGCAGCAGCAGCAGCAGCAGCAGCAAAGGGUCACGUCAUCGUGACACAAGGGAGUCCUCCCAGCGCCGGUCUAGAGAUAGUUCUUCUAGCAGCAGGGACAGCAGGGACACCAGGGACAGCAGCAGCAGCAGCAGCAGCAGCAGCAGCAGCAGCCGUGACAGCAGCAGCGACAGCAGCAGCAGCAGCCGUGACAGCAGCAGUGACAGCAGCAGCAGCAGCCGUGACAGCAGCAGCGACAGCAGCAGCAGCAGCGACAGCAGCAGCAGCAGCGACAGCAGCAGCAGCGACAGCAGCCGCGACAGCAGCAGUGACAGCAGCAGCAGCAGCAGCCGUGACAGCAGCAGUGACAGCAGCAGCAGCAGCAGCCGUGACAGCAGCAGCGACAGCAGCAGCAGCCGUGACAGCAGCAGCAGCAGCGACAGCAGCCGUGACAGCAGCAGCAGCAGCGACAGCAGCAGCAGCAGCCGUGACAGCAGCAGCGACAGCAGCAGCAGCCGUGACAGCAGCAGCAGCAGCGACAGCAGCCGCAGCGACAGCAGCCGCAGUGACAGCAGCAGCGACAGCAGCAGCAGCAGUGAAAGUUCCUUGGGCUCCAGCAGCGAAGAAGACAUAAAAGACUCUUCCUUGGAACCAGUUCUGUCUGCUCGAUUCCGCAUCAUCUAUCGUAAUAAGAAGCAAGAUGGACUCGAUGCUGUGGUGCAUGCAAGUCCCUCUGCAUUUAAAAUGUUAGUGAAAAGCAUCACCAGCCAAAGCACAGUUAUGUGCUUGGAAUAUGCGGCAACCAGUUCUAAUAAAGUGAAGUCUUCUCUGAAAAUUGGUGGGGAUGGCAAAGACUAUGCAGUUUCAGGAGAACUAGAGACUGGUACGUUUGCUGGAAAGCCAGCUCUUCAGUUGAAGGCUAGGUAUCAUAAAGUUCCUGAAGCAAUGACUGAUGCUAUGGAAGAGAUUGGUGCAGUGAUCCCUGGAAUUGCCUACCAGGCAGGCUUCUUUCACAAAUACCAAAAGAAUCCUCCUCAAGAAUUUACAAUUAUUAUGGCUCUAAAAGAACCAAACAGUUGUAUCAUGGUCAUGAAACUGCCAGAUGGUGUGAUCGCUAAUGAAAACUGCAUACUUCCAUUUUCAGUGCCCAUGGAUCCCAAAGUCAAAACUUCAAAAAUCUCAGAUAUUCCAAAAUUGCUUUUUGCUAGUCUGAAUGGUGUUUGUACAGUACAAGGUAAAAGAAUUACAUCUUUCGACAAUAAAAUCAUUACAAAAGGAUUGCCUCCUGACUGUUACAUGAAUAUGUUAGGAGACUGUACUUGUCACAAGAAGCUGAUGUUGCUGAUGAAAUAUGAAUCAAAAUACAAUAAUAGUCUUCUAAUUGAUAUUCGUGGUGAAGUUGACAUGAUCCUCAAGCAGCGUGAUGGUGAACUCAUUGUAGAAAUAAAUGGCACUAAAGUACGGGGUGCAGUUCUCCCUGUUAAAUUUCAAGGUUUGCCUCUUAGAAUGAAGAAAAAAUUAGACGAAGUGGAAGUUAGCAUGCCCUCAUAUGGAGUUGAUCGAGUGAAAUAUACAGGAAGUUCUGCCGUGUUUGAAGUUAAUCCCUUGAUAGAAAAUUCAUGCGGUCUCUGUGGAUGGUAUGGUUCAGAAGCAAAAACGUUUCGGAGACCAAGUGGCCACUUAGCUAAAGAUGAAGUGAGCUUUGUUCAGUCAUGGGUCGUCCCUGAUGAUUGCGGUGGAGCCUGUAAACUGCGACACUCAAUAGUGAGACAUGAGAAUCCAGUCCUAACUGGGCAAGAAAAUCCACAAUGUGCUACCAAUCUUCCUGUCACACGCUGUGCUGAAGGCUGCUCAGCCACUAGUACCACCCAAAUCUUGGCUGGCUUCCAUUGUGUGCCAGCUGGAGCAACCUUGCCUUCUGAAUUGAAAGUGCUGGCUGAAAAAUCUGAAGACCUGGUAGACACCAUUGAAUCUCACACAUCCUGCUCUUGUGAACAGGAACAAUGUGCUGCAUGAGCCUUUGACUGAGCAGAGUCAAUGCGUGUUCUGUUUUUUGCUGUGAGGGCUGAUAUGUCAAUUCUAGGCUACUGCACAGUUGUUAAUUAAAUUAUUUUAAGAACCCUACUGUACCUUCUUAAAGAAAUUCAAUUCUUUCUAAAGCAAGUCUAAGCCUUAUUCCAAUAGCCACCCAGUUAACUGUAAAUGAAACAGAUGAUUUUCUAAUAAACACUUGCAUUCCAAAAGAAAAAUAAA